AUGAACAAACCACGCUUCUUCAGUAGUUUCAUUGAAGCAUGGAAAAAGACCAUUCAUGAUGGGAUCAAUAUCAAGAAAGCAUAUCAAAAAGCUGGAAUUGCUCCGAGAGACCGGCAAGUGGUCAUGAAUCGAGUCUUUACCUUACCAGCACCCCUCCAAUUACCUACUACACCUGUCACCCCAUGUCCUAAUCAUGUUCUAGAACCUCCAAGCUCCCCAUUGGGUCCUGGUGGUUCUCAACGGCUUGUCAAGAGGGUACGCAGUAAUCAGAAGAAUCCAACACAUGUGGUAUGCAAGAUGAACAAGAGGAUUGUCUCUCUUGAAGCUGAGAAUGCUCUCCUCAAGAAAAGCAACUCAGAUCUUCGAGGUAGCCUUAAAAUGGCCAAUAAAAAGCGAGCUUUCAAGCCAAUUGUACCCGGACACCAAGCAAAACAUGCGAAAUGGAUAGGAUCUGAGGAGGUGCGUGCAGCUAAGGAGGCAAGAGAGGCUGAAGCAGCCCGGGAAGAAGCAGAAAAGCAGGACAAGCAGGCUAGGAAGGAAGCCAGAGCACUGGCCAAAGCUGAUAAGGAAGCUGAGCAAGCUAGGAAGAGGGCUGAGAGAGAAGAGAAGAGACGGGGACAGGAGAGGGUGGAAGGGAUGACAAUCCAUCAACUUGAAAAUCUGGCCCGGAUGGCUUUAUCUCAGGCUACUUCCAUUGCAGGGCCUUCUAGCCUGGGAUAA